UUCUCGGCUCGGCGCGCCCGCCCCCCUCGCCGGCCCGGGAUGCCGCCCCCGCCGCGGCGGCCCUGGCGGGGGCCCGCGCUGCUCUGCGGCGUCCUGCUGGUCAGCGCGGCGGCCGCUUCUCAGAAUCAAGAACGUCUAUGUGCUUUUAAAGAUCCAUAUCAGCAAGACCUUGGGAUAGGUGAGAGUCGAAUCUCUCAUGAAAAUGGAACCAUAUUAUGCUCAAAAGGUAGUACCUGCUACGGCCUUUGGGAGAAAUCAAAAGGGGACAUAAAUCUCGUAAAACAAGGAUGUUGGUCUCACAUUGGAGACCCCCAGGAGUGUCACUAUGAAGAAUGUGUAGUAACUACCACUCCUCCCUCAAUUCAGAAUGGAACAUACCGUUUCUGCUGCUGUAGCACAGACUUGUGUAAUGUUAAUUUUACUGAGAAUUUUCCACCUCCAGACACAACACCACUCAGUCCACCUCAUUCAUUUAACCGAGAUGAGACAAUAAUCAUUGCUUUGGCAUCAGUCUCUGUAUUAGCUGUUUUGGUAGUUGCCUUAUGCUUCGGAUACAGGAUGCUGACAGGAGACCGUAAACAAGGUCUUCACAGUAUGAACAUGAUGGAGGCAGCAGCAUCAGAGCCUUCUCUUGACCUAGAUAAUCUGAAACUAUUGGAGCUGAUUGGCCGGGGUCGAUAUGGAGCAGUAUAUAAAGGUUCCUUAGAUGAGCGUCCAGUUGCUGUAAAAGUAUUUUCCUUUGCAAACCGUCAGAAUUUUAUCAAUGAGAAGAAUAUUUACAGAGUGCCUUUGAUGGAACAUGAUAACAUUGCUCACUUUGUAGUUGGAGAUGAGAGAGUCACUGCAGAUGGACGCAUGGAGUAUUUGCUUGUGAUGGAGUAUUAUCCCAAUGGAUCUCUAUGCAAGUAUUUGAGUCUCCAUACAAGUGACUGGGUAAGCUCUUGCCGUUUGGCUCAUUCUGUGACUAGAGGACUGGCUUAUCUUCAUACAGAAUUGCCACGAGGAGAUCAUUAUAAACCUGCAAUUUCUCAUCGAGAUUUAAACAGCAGAAAUGUCUUGGUGAAAAAUGAUGGAACCUGUGUUAUUAGUGACUUUGGGUUGUCCAUGAGGCUGACUGGAAAUAGACUGGUGCGCCCAGGGGAAGAGGAUAAUGCAGCCAUAAGUGAGGUUGGCACAAUCAGAUAUAUGGCACCAGAAGUUCUAGAAGGAGCUGUGAACCUGAGGGACUGUGAAUCAGCUUUGAAACAAGUAGACAUGUAUGCACUUGGACUAAUCUAUUGGGAGAUAUUUAUGAGAUGUACAGACCUCUUCCCAGGUGAGUCUGUACCAGAAUACCAGAUGGCUUUUCAGACAGAAGUUGGAAACCAUCCCACUUUUGAAGAUAUGCAGGUUCUGGUGUCUAGGGAAAAACAGAGACCCAAGUUCCCAGAAGCUUGGAAAGAAAAUAGCCUGGCAGUGAGGUCACUCAAGGAGACAAUCGAGGACUGUUGGGACCAGGAUGCAGAGGCUCGGCUUACUGCGCAGUGUGCUGAGGAGAGGAUGGCUGAACUAAUGAUGAUAUGGGAAAGAAACAAAUCUGUGAGCCCAACAGUCAAUCCAAUGUCUACUGCUAUGCAGAAUGAGCGCAACCUCUCACACAAUAGGCGUGUGCCAAAGAUUGGCCCUUAUCCAGAUUAUUCUUCUUCCUCAUACAUUGAAGACUCUAUCCAUCACACUGACAGCAUUGUGAAGAAUAUUUCCUCUGAGCAUUCGAUGUCCAGCACACCUUUGACAAUAGGCGAAAAGAACCGAAACUCAAUUAACUAUGAACGGCAGCAAGCACAAGCUCGAAUCCCCAGCCCCGAAACAAGUGUCACCAGCCUGUCCACCAAUACAACAGCCACAAACACCACUGGCCUCACUCCAAGCACUGGCAUGACCACUAUAUCUGAGGUGCCAUACCCAGAUGAAACAAAUCUGCAUGCCACAAAUGUUUCACAGCCAAUUGGGCCAACCCCUGUCUGCUUACAACUGACAGAAGAAGACUUGGAGACCAACAAGCUAGACCCAAAAGAAGUUGAUAAGAACCUCAAGGAAAGUUCUGAUGAGAAUCUCAUGGAGCAUUCUCUUAAACAGUUCAGUGGGCCAGACCCACUGAGCAGUACCAGUUCUAGCUUGCUUUACCCACUCAUAAAGCUUGCAGUAGAAGUGACUGGACAGCAAGACUUCACACAGGCUACAAAUGGCCAAGCAUGUUUAAUUCCUGAUGUCCCACCUGCUCAGAUAUAUCCUCUCCCUAAGCAACAGAACCUUCCUAAGAGACCUACUAGUUUGCCUUUAAACACCAAAAAUUCAACAAAGGAGCCCCGGCUGAAAUUUGGCAGCAAGCACAAAUCAAACUUGAAACAAGUAGAAACUGGAGUUGCCAAGAUGAAUACAAUCAAUGCUGCAGAACCUCAUGUGGUGACAGUCACCAUGAAUGGUGUGGCAGGUAGAAAUCACAGCGUUAAUUCCCAUGCUGCCACUACCCAGUAUGCCAACGGGGCAGUACCUGGCCAGACAGCCAACACAGUGGCACAUAGGGCCCAAGAACUGCUGCAGAAUCAAUUCAUUGGUGAGGACACUCGACUGAAUAUUAAUUCCAGUCCUGAUGAGCAUGAACCUUUACUGAGACGAGAGCAACAGGCUGGCCACGAUGAAGGUGUUUUGGAUCGUCUUGUGGACAGGAGGGAACGGCCACUGGAAGGUGGCCGAACUAAUUCGAAUAACAACAACAGUAAUCCAUGUUCAGACCAAGAUGCUCUUACACAGUGUGUUCCAAGCACAGUAUCAGAUCCUGGACCAUCAAAACCCAGAAGAGCACAGAGGCCUAAUUCUCUGGAUCUUUCAGCCACAAAUGUCCUUGAUGGCAGCAGUUUGCAGUUAGGUGAGUCAACACAAGAUGGCAAAUCAGGAUCUGGUGAAAAGAUCAAGAAACGUGUGAAAACUCCCUAUUCUCUUAAGCGGUGGCGCCCCUCCACCUGGGUCAUCUCCACUGAACCGCUGGACUGUGAGGUCAACAACAAUGGCAGUGAGAGGGCAGUUCACUCCAAAUCCAGCACAGCUGUUUACCUUGCGGAAGGAGGCACUGCCACAACCAUGGUGUCUAAAGAUGUAGGAAUGAACUGUCUGUGAGAUAUUUUCAAGCCUAUGGAGUGAAAUUAUUUUUUGCAUCAUUUAAACAUGCAGAAGACAUUUUAAAAAAAAACAACUGCUUUAUCCUCCUGUCAGUACUGCCUCCUACCCCUGCAGCAAGGACUUGCUUUAAAUAGAUUUCAGCUAUGCAGAAGAAUUUAGCUUAUGCUUCCAUAUUUUUUAAUUUUGUUUUUUUAAGUUUUGCACUUUUGUUUAGUCUCGCUAAAGUUAUGUUUUUGUCUCUUAUGACCACAGAAUUAUAUGUGUGUGUAUCAAAAGUGGUCUCAAAAUAUUUUUUUAAGAAAAAAAGCAAAAACCAUGUAUUGCUGAUAAUCAGUUUGGACCAGUUUCUAAAGGUCAUUAAAACAGAAGCAAAUUAAGACAGGUUUGACUGCAGUGGUGUCUGGUAUCCAUGUUUUAUUUCUGGGCACAAGCUAGUUUGUGUGUUGAUAUGUUCCUGAACAUAUUAUCUUUUGGACAUUCUUUUCUCUUGUAUUUUGUUUGAAUGUGCAAUAGUCUAUAGGCCACAAAUAAGCUUUCUUGUAAGCUCUCUUCUUAACAGAGCACACAUUCUUCCAUAAUAUGAACAUUUUUCUCCCACAUUUCCCAUACUUUUGGCAGGUCAGUUCUGUGACAGUGAAUUUUUGCACAGGAGAAAGCAGCUACCUGGUUUCUUACUUUCUUUCUCCUUAUGGAGAAUGCAGAAGCAUUGUCUCAAAGGGCUGUAAAGAAGGAACUACCAAAACCUUAUUUGAAAUGCCAUUUCUUUUAACCUUCCAAAUCCUAAAUGUCUGCUUCCAGGCAUUUUAAUAAACAUAUUUGCUUCUGGUUUUGGAAGUUCAUAAGAGAGCAUAGAACAAAGUAGAAGAAGUCAAAUAUUAGCCUUUUUCCAUUUUAUUUUAUUUUUAUAUGUAUGUUCAUGUUCCGUAUUCAUUUAUUUAAGAAGCACAUUUUUAUCAGAAAACUUAUAGAGCUAUACUUAUAUGGAAUCUUUAAGUAGGUAGAUGGUUAAGACAAUAUAGUGUUAUAGCCUUCAUUCUCUGAAUAGGCCAUCUUUGACUCAAAUAAAAUUACAUUUCCUGUUUAAAAUAACUUCAAAAGUAAUUCAUAGUUUUCACCCUGUAGUAUCUUUUAUUCUCUUCCCAAGCAAAGCCUGUUGACUUUAUCUGAAAAUGAUUAAUCUUCCCAUGACCUAAAACACUAUGUGGAAAAAUCAUUUGUCUGGCAUGCCAGAUCCCUGUGGAAGGAAGGAUUGCUGCCAAACCUAUCGCUUUUGAGCAGACUGAGACUUACCUCUCUCUCUUUUCAAAACUUUGUGUUUCUUCACUAAUCCUAUUUGCAUAAUUUCUUCUUUUGCCAGUUUUUCACAUGAUCGUUGAUAUGUGAGUAACUCUUAUUAUUUACAUUAUAUUAGAAUAUACCUUCUAGUGAUAACAUGUUAUGUAUCCUUCAAUGAUAUAUUUUUUUUAAAGCUUCCUUUGCUUUUUUCAUUACUGAUAAUCGUCUCUUAAACAACCUCUGCAAGUUUUUUUAAAUAAAGCACUUUAUGUCAAAUAAGGGACUUUUUUUUAUAAGCACAAAUUAUUUUCUAUCAAUUUGCAAACAGUGAUGAUCUCACUUAGUUUUUUCAGAUUCUCAGAGUACUUAAUAGACGUUAUCUAAUUAAGUUCUGAGAUUUCUCUGGGAGAUAAAAAGCCCCGAGGGAAACACAGAUUCCCAAUUUAGGCUUUAUCUCCUGAACAAGAUUUUCUCACUCAUAUUCUUCUAUCUUCACUAUUUAGCUAAAAAUAGCCCAGAUUUUCUAGUUUGCUGUCCAAAAUCCUUAUGACUUACUUGUGUAGAAGCCUUCUCUUGGUUGUAGUCUGCUAUGGUCUUAUGAAUUAGAUGUUACAACACUUACUAUUUGAAUAAAUGGUAAGCUGGAUAGCUGGAAUGCUGAAUACAGUUUUGAAUUCUUAGAAUUAACAUUACUUUACUAGUGCUCAGGAUUUCCACCUUUUAUGUUUUAUUGGUCCUUCUGUUGAUUCAGACUCCUAACAUAUUUUUCAGUCUCCUGGCAUAAAUUUUUUUUCAUUUAGUUAUUUUUUCAUCUAUGUAACAAAUUAUUUAUAUCUUUCCUGGUAAAUUUUCACUUAGUUCUCUUGCCUUUGAAAGUCUUUGAACUACAUUUCACAAUAUUAUUUUCAAAUAUUUGUAGGAGAUCUUUGAAUCAAAAUAAAUUGUCUUCCUUCUCCAGUCGGAAGCAUUGAGGAUAAAUGACCAUUUGAGGCCUAACUCAUAUUUUCUUGACAGAAGAGUUACCUUACCUCCUACUAUACUUUGUGUUUGGGCCAGUUGAUUGUAAGCUUUUGAACCUUUUUUUUGAUCUUUAAUGAUAAAAUGCUUUCAAAAAUUAAUAUACCAAAUUAAAAGAACUCUAUAGUUUCCCAUUUCAUGUAAGCAUAUUUAAAACAAUUUCUUUUCCCCAGUUUUUUUAGUAGACUCUUUAAAAAGUAGGAGAAAUAGGAAGUGUAGAUCAUUUUAAUAAAUUUUAAAUUAAAUUGUAUAUCAUACUGAUUUACUUUUCAAAUCUAAUAUACAAGCAAGCAAAAUUACGUAAAAUACUUAUUUGCUAACUUUAUUCAUCUAAUAAUAAUGUUUUUUAAAGCUAAUAUUUAACUGCUAGCACAAAAUUUUGCGUGUAGAAAAGCAUUUGAGUCCUUUUGAAUAAAAGGCCAUUUAAUGAAAAAAUAUUAAAAUUCAUUUUGCUAAGUAGUAUUACAACCUUAAAAGCAUCAUAAUAGGUAGUCAAAGUCUAAUAUUAAUUCCCUUAACUAUCCUUAUUUUAUACUAGAAAUUAGUCAUUGAAAGAACUUGAUUUGAAUUUUGUUUAGACAAAAAUGAUUUAAUUAUAAUUCCUAAAAAUGUUCCCUUUUUUUAAAUGGGUAAUUGGGAAAAAAAAAAGACUGGUAGUCAGUGUAAAGAGUUAUGGGAAGGCACAAGAGUGAAAUAAUGCUAACUGACCAUUUGUUACCUACUGAACGCUGGGAUGCACACUCGCUGUCUUCUUAAUCCUCACAGCAACUGCAGAUGAGGGAACUAAAGCUAAGGGAAGCUAAGUAAUUUGCCCAAAGUCCACAUCUUGGAGUAGACAAAGCCUUUUAACCUAGGUUUGCCUGUCUCCACAUCUCUUUUAUCCAUACCACACUGUCUGCACACUGUAUGACAGGAUGAGUAAUACACUGACAUUUUGUAAGAAAUUCAGUCAUUAUACUCCAGCACAACUGUGGCUUGUAUAUAAGCCAAACCAGAUACCUUAAUGACUUUAGAAGUUAAGCAAACAUAAGAAGACAUGUAGACAUAUCUAUCCUUAGUGUUGCUUGAGAAAUAAUUACUAAUUCAAGACAAAGUUCAAUCCCACAUCUGCCAUCAUGAAUCUUAAAAUCAUUUCACUUCUCUUCACUCCUAACAUUCUUACAUUGUGAAACUAAAGGUAAAGUAAAUUUUAAAGGAAAAGUGAAGGUGGUUUGUGGGAACAGAGACUUUUUCCUAAAUUGAUUCCAUACUUGAUUUGGAGGAAUUAAUACAUGGACUUUGUCUCAUCAAUCCUUUAACUCCAUCUUGAAAAUUUCUGCUUUUAAUGACUUUAGAAAAUUACUAAUCCAGAGAACUAAAUGAGGAGGAUGUAGGAGGGACACAAGAAUAAUGUCCUUUUCAUAAAGCAGUUUGUGUAGCUUCCUUACAUGUAUCCACUUGUUCCGGAAAAUGUAUGUUGGUUCUGAAUGUGAAAUAGUUAAAGAAAGGUAGGACCACUCAAGUAAGUAUGUGUUUCAGUGGGAAUUAUCGCAAAAUUUGGCAAGUAUUUUUAUUUAAAAUAUUUUCAAACUUGGCUUGUAAAGCCAAAUAGAAUACCUGUUAGGCUGCAGCUGUUUGGUGAACUUUCCAUUCUCUGUAAACCUCUCUCCUCAAAGUCACUUAAAAUAGAAAACAUUUUUCAGUAACCUUUUUUUUUAUAUUUAUGGAAAUGAAUAUUUCAUUGGAGGUAGUUAGCUCCUAGAACUUGAGAUUAUAUUUCUAUACAAGCUUUUAUAAGUUUAUGUUGAACUUACUACCAGUUAUAUGCAGGUUGUUACAUAACUAUUCACAGAUUGCUUUAUAUAUUACUUUAUCUUCCAAUCUAACUCCUUAAAGUUAAAAUUUGUACGCACUUAGUUGAUUAUCUAGACCAGUUAUUCUAGAAAUUGUGUAACACUCCCUCAUAUGCCCUAGGAAUCUUUUUUGGAUGGAAUGUUUCUAAAUAUUCGUACCUUUUACCAUCAGUUUGCUUUUCAGCAGAUAAAAUUUCAUUUUAACUUUAUAUUCUGAACUAUGCAAACUUUAGCCAAGACUAUGUUACAUGAUCUGCUUCUAAAUAUACUCUUUGAGUAAAUCUGGCAAAUCACUAUUUGAGCUAGUUAUAAAAUGAUAUUAUCAAAAGGACGUUUUUCUACAGGUUCCCGGAUUAAACUGACAUAUAAGAAAAGAGGAGAUCCCAGGGUGCUCUGGUGCACCAACCCGUUGCUUUCCUUCAAUCGCCUCUUAGUUUGUGGCUGGCCUACUCUAUCCCUUGGUUAACUGACUAUAAUCUUUUGUGUCAGGAAAGUUUUCUUCAUAUUUAUUCUGCUUCCCUCCUGUUUCACUUUAUACCCAUUUCUCUUAUCCACUAGUAAAAAAAGAGAGCCAUUGGUCAUCCUCUUCAACAUUGUUAUUCUUCAGUGUGCUUCAGGCUUCUCAAUUAACACCUAAGUCUCAGUUCUUCAGACUAAACUGCUUGGUUCCUUUAGCAUUUUUUCCUCAAUCUGAUUUUAAUAACUAUUUGUAGUAUUUAAGAACACCUAAAAUUAAAUUUUAUGUUAUAUUCAAAUUUAUUGCUCCGGUUAAGUACCAGUUCGAUGGGAUAGAAUUGAGAAUUAGGAUGUUACCUCUUGACAAUGGAUCCAACCAUCAGAUUGUCAGCAAAUCAGCACUGAAGUUAAGUUUUGUAUUAGCUAACAUUUUCUAUUAAAUCGUGGAGUUUUACAAUUUUAUAUUCUCACUAGUUAUAACUAAAAAGCCGUGCAUUCAGAAUUGCAUAUUAUUUUGCCAUUAAAAUUUUUUAACCUAUAUUGCAGCAAGCUUAGCAUUAUGAUUGGGCCACAGCGUUUUACAUAUUUCUUUGUAUCAAAUAUUAAAAUGCAAGAUUAACUUUCCAAAGCAAACCCUACAGUAAUCAGGUAUUAUCUAUGAAUAUUUUUGCAGACCACUUUUGAAAUACUUAUCAUUGUUUUGCAACAUAGACUGGACUACAACAACUUUCAUUUAACUUUUAAGUGACUGGUUAAAGUUUAGUGUUUGUGCAUAUAAAAAAUAAUGUAGGAUUUUAUCUCAUGGAUAAUACAUUUGAAAGUAAAUACUUCAGAAGAAUUUAUGCUGUAUAUUAAAAUUAUGCCCAAAAUAAAUCUAUCGUAUCUUGAAAAUUCCAAUUCCAUUAUUACUGUGAUAUUUGUAGUGUUACUGUUAAAUGUUGUGACAUUCAUUUUUUAAACUUAAUUUGAAACCCAGAUUUUAAAAUCUGGCUAAGAGAGAAGGAAUCUUUAGAAAUAAAUCACAUCAUUAGGGUGUCCAGUUUAUGAUUCCAUUUUUAAGCAAACAACUGUAUUUUAAGCUACAACUUGGUGGGGGUUUUUUAAGUGUUUUAAGAGGCAACAUGUGGGUUUUUUCCAUUUUAUUUUUACUUUUAGAUUCCAGAAAGAUCUUCAUGUUUUAGACUCACUCUGUAGACAUAAUAUUACUUAAAAACUCAGGGCCCCUUUCGUCCCUUUGCACAUUGAAAAACUUCAAUUAGUAGCAAACAAGCAAUUAGAUCCAGUUGAAUAUUUAAAGUGUUUGCACACACAGUUCAUUUAAUGUUUCAUCUUAUAAUUUGAUUUAACUUACAUAGACAAUAUCAGACUUCAUUAAUCAUAAAAACUUGCCCAGUUCUAUAAUUACUGAGUAGAGGGAAAUACUCAACUAAUUGGCUACAUGCUGCAGCAUAUUUAGGCCUUAGAGUUGAAGCACCGUCUUCAAACUAUUUCUGUCCUUUGGUUAAAUGGUUAUACAUAAUGGGACAAAUCGUUUCUUUUUUCUUUUUCUUUUUUAAUAGAGAACUUAGUAGAGUAGUUCCUCAAGGAUAAAAUUUUCUCAAGAGGUAAUUUGACAUUAUAAAACUGUCUUCUGAAAGUGAACUAAUGUUGAUAGCUUUAGUAAUAGCUUGGAUGGUUUUGAGAAGGUAACCCGGGUAACCUAUUUAUCACCUUGUCAGAUCCAAAUAGAAUUUUUCUUUCAAGCAGACAAGUUCAAGCUUCACAUUGGUAUGCUGUAUACUUAAAGUCCUAGCAGGGAAGUUAUUUGUAACCAGUCUCUUGUCUCAGGCUCUCCACCUUAUUACCAAUCCUCUCAAGUAUGAUUGGGAAGCUUAUUUUUAAAGAAGCUUAACAGUAAAAAAACUAAAUUACUAAAAGAUGCAAUUCAAAGAUUGGUCCUGGUUUAACAUUGAGUUGCUUGGCUUCUGUGGCUUUUCUUUUUCUGGUCCAUUUAUUUAUUUAAACAGUUUUUGUAUGCCUUGUCAUCAUGUUUCCAUGGAGAUUAUAUUGUGUAAGUAUUUGUAUAAGCUGGAAUCAUCCUUAAUUUUCUGUUGAUAAUUUUUCAAAUGAAGAUAAGUGGACAAUUGUAAAAUACACUAACUCUUAGAGUUUUGUAGUAGCUAAAACAUGGAGAUGUGUAGCUGCCGUGCUUUUUCUAAAUGGACAGGAGAAACAUAAGCUACAGAGUGUAUUCUAUUCUGAGGAUGCGUUUCUGGAAUAAGAAAGGCUGAAAAAUUGUGGCAAUUCCUCAGAACCCUCUUUCGUGUUAACGGGUAUCUUUUGUUGGUGUGUUUUGCUCUUACAUUACAGAUAGAAUAUCAUAUAUGAAUUUAUGAAUAAUUACUUUCAGUUAUUUUGCUUUUGUAUAAGCCGUCUGAGACCUUGCUAUGCUGUAUAAGUUGUGUUUGAUGAGUCAGUGUGAGUAUGAAAUAAAGCAAAUCACUUUUCUUUUGUAUUAUCUAUGGAUGCCACUAUGAAAGCUGACAUUAAGCCACUAAAGAGUUUUCUAUGAAUAAUUGUAAGUAAAUGCUUUGAUAUAUAUAUAAACCUAAAUAAAAAGAUUGUAUUGAUACAGAGACCUUGGAGAAGGAGAUUUUAAGACAGUUCUAUAGGUUUAAAAAAGGCUUGCUGUAAAAUGGUGCAUUAUUCCCUUUAUUAAAGAUCAUAUUAAUGACAA